UUUUCAGCUUUCCUCUCUGUCUUUGGAGAAAGAACGGUCCCCGAGGAACGGUAUUCUGCCCCUUGAAGACUCAGGAGGAUGAAAGUCAUCACUUGUGAGAUCGCCUGGCAUAACAAGGAGCCAGUGUACAGCCUGGACUUCCAGCACGGAGCCGCGGGGAGGAUCCACAGGCUGGCCUCCGCGGGGGUGGACACCGCUGUCAGGAUCUGGAAGGUAGAAAAAGGACCAGAUGGGAAGGCCAUUGUUGAAUUUUUGUCCAAUCUUGUUCGCCAUACCAAAGCUGUCAAUGUCGUGCGUUUUUCUCCAAGUGGGGAAAUUUUAGCAUCAGGAGGGGAUGAUGCUGUCAUUCUGCUGUGGAAGGUGAAUGAUAACAAGGAACCAGAACAGGUCGCUUUUCAGGACGAGGAUGAGGCUCAGCUGAACAAGGAGAACUGGACUGUCGUAAAAACCCUGAGGGGCCACUUAGAAGAUGUGUAUGAUAUUUGCUGGGCAACCGAUGGGAAUUUAAUGGCUUCUGCCUCUGUGGAUAACACGGCCAUCAUAUGGGAUGUCAGUAAAGGACAAAAGAUCUCAAUUUUUAAUGAACAUAAAAGUUAUGUACAAGGAGUAACCUGGGAUCCCUUGGGUCAAUAUGUUGCUACCCUGAGCUGUGACAGGAUCCUGAGGGUGUACAGCACACUGAAGAAACGUGUGGCUUUUAAUGUCUCAAAGAUGCUAUCUGGAGUAGGGGCUGAAGGAGAGGCGAGAAGUUACCGGAUGUUCCAUGACGACAGCAUGAAAUCAUUCUUUCGUAGACUUAGUUUCACUCCUGAUGGAUCUUUGCUCCUCACACCAGCUGGAUGUGUGGAAUCGGGUGAAAACGUAACAAAUACAACUUAUGUUUUCUCCAGGAAAAAUCUUAAAAGGCCUAUCGCCCAUCUUCCGUGUCCUGGGAAGGCGACGCUUGCUGUCCGCUGCUGCCCCGUCUACUUUGAGCUGAGGCCAGUGGUGGAAGCAGGUGUGGAGCUGGUGAGCCUGCCCUACCGCUUGGUGUUUGCUGUGGCUUCUGAAGACUCUGUGCUUUUGUACGACACCCAGCAGCUGUUCCCGUUUGGUUACGUGUCUAACAUACAUUACCACACCCUGAGUGAUAUUUCCUGGUCCAGCGACGGGGCCUUCCUGGCCAUCUCUUCCACGGAUGGUUACUGUUCCUUCGUGACAUUCGAGAAGGAUGAGCUCGGAAUUCGCUUGAAAGAGAAGCCAGUUGUGUGUGUGAGAACUCCCGAUACAGCGAAGAAAACCAAGAGUCAGACACACCCAGGGUCUUCGCCAGGACCCAGGCUGGGAGAGGGAACCCCCAGCAGCAGAGUCCGGGACCCCAGCAGCCCCUCUGCAACGCCCCCUCAGGCAAAACAGUCUCCGGCCUCCACGGCAGCCAAGGACACCCCUGUGACUGCUCCCGGUGCCAGAGGCUUCCUGGCAGGGCCCUCAGAGGAGAAGACCCUGCAGCCCGGCAGUCAGAAUGCAAAAGCCCACCCAUCCCGGAGGGUCACUCUGAACACGCUGCAGGCCUGGAGCAAGUCAACACCCCGGAGAAUAAACUUAAUACCCUUAAAGACAGAUACUCCACUGAAUUCUAUACGAACCAGCGUAAUUUCCAGCCUUUCCACAGAAGAAAUUCAAUCAGAGAUGCCUGGAGACCUUCAGGUCAGUCCCCCGGAGCUUAAGCGGCCCAGAUUCAGUGAGCACAAAGAAGGUCCCCAAGGUCUGGACCCCUGA